UACAAUUAUUUACAACUAUGAUUAUUUGUUUUGUGACAAAUUUGUUUAAGAUAAAUAUACUUUGUUUGUUUUCCUUAGUUUCCUAAGUUGAGUUUAGUUUCAUUAAGUACUACAUACUAAACUUUGUUGACUUUGAAUGAUUUCUUUGUUUAAUUGAUGUACCUGCGCAGCUCGGCAGGUGCAUUAAAUCCUCGACGCUGAUUGGCUAUAGCGGCCUCUUCGUCAUCAUGCAUAGCGGCCCAAUCCCGCUGGGGUGCGCUGACGUCGCUGCUGCGCCUAUGUCGAGUUUAACUCAAUUCAAACUUUUCCUGGGCGCUGUUAUGGCGAGUAGCUGAGGCCGCGUAGCAGAAGAAGAGUCUGCCAAUGAAUUCCACACGUUACUUAGACUGGAGUUAAACUAACAAAGGGCUUAAACAGACCAGAAUCAGCGGGAGCUCCGUUCCAGAGCCGCGUCACCUGCUCUCCGACCCGACCGGACAGAACCUCUGCUGGCUGCCGUCUGUGUGGACCGUGGAUGUCCUGUGGCUGUCCGCCAUGUCAGGUCCAACUCUACAGAGCGGUAACCUACAGGGCCUGGAUGAGGCUGAUAUUCUUGAUCCAGAGUUUCAGCAGCGCUUGGAAGAUGCUCGCACGCUGCUCAGACAGGAGAUCCAGCGUGAGCUGAAGAUCAAGGAAGCGGCCGAGAGACUGCGGAGGGCCGUCACCAACCGUAAGAGCGCUGCGGACGUAGAGGGGCAACUGAGGGCCUCCAGCCGCAAGUUGGACCAGUUGCACUGGGAGCUGCAGGAGCUCAAUGCCAGAUCUAUGACCACAGAGAGAAAGAAAAGCACUUCAGACUCUCAGGAUGAUGUUGAUGGCUCAGCAGAGUCCUGCCAGUGGGAGGAAGUGACAUCACCAUUGGCGGGCCGUGUCAGAACUCUGAAGAAACAACUCACGAUGGAAACUAAGGUCAAACAGGGGGCAGAGAACAUGAUCCAGACGUACACCACAGGCUCAGUGAAGGACAGGAAGAUGUUGUCCACAGCACAGCAGAUGUUGCAGGACAGUCGCACUAAGAUCGAGCUGCUGCGGAUGCAGAUCAUCAAAGUCAGUCAGGCCAGAGAUGGAGGUCACGGUCCUGCCCUGGACCUGAUCGUUCCGCUGGAGCUACGACUGGCUGAGCUCAUGCACCAUGUGAAGAUCGAGGCAGCUGUCGCAGAGGGCGCCAAAAACGUGGUGAAGCAGCUGAGUGCGCAGAAGAUCCAGGACCGUCGUAUACUGGCGGAGGCUCAUGGGCGGAUGCAAGAGUCGUGUCAGAAGGUGGAGCUGCUGCGUCUGUCUCUGGAGAGACGCUUGAAUGAACUCCCUCAGGACCACCCCAGACGUACAUCCAUUAAAGAGGAACUUGAGUCAGGAGCCCACCCUCCCAGCGGAACACCGAAAAAGUCUUCUGACUCUCCAUCGUUGUCCUACAUGUCCUCCUUCUUCAAACCCGCCAGUCUGACAGGUCGGUUGGAGGUAUGUCUGAUGGGCUGUCAGGACCUGAUGGAGUCCAUUCCGGGCCGCGGCCGUGUGACCGGCACCUCAGGCUUCUCAGAUGGAAAGUCUCUGAAGGUGAGGGCCGGCCUGUCAGUACGCAGCACCAACGGCAAGACGAGCAAGGCUGACGAACUGUCCUCCGAGGUCAGUGCUGUGCUGAAGGUGGACCACAGGAUCGUGGGACACACCCAGUGGAAACAGCAGGGCAAAGAGGCCUGGGGUCAAAGCUUCAGCAUGGAGCUGGACAGAUCCAGGGAGCUGGAGAUUGCCGUCUAUUGGAAAGAUUGGCGAGCGCUGAGUGGUGUGAAGUUCCUGCGGCUGGAGGACUUCCUGGACAACCAGCGCCACGGCAUGUGUCUGCAGCUGGAGCCUCAGGGCAUCCUCUUCAUCGAGGUGACGUUUAUCAAACCUGUGAUUGAGCGUGGCUCCAAUUUACAGCGGCAGAGGAGAAUUUUUCCAAAGGAGAAAGGGAAGAACUUCCUACGUGCUGCCCAGAUGAACAUGAACUUUGCCACCUGGGGGCGUUUGAUGAUGAGCAUCCUUCCUCCCUGCAGCAACCUGGAGCCAAUGAGUCCACCGUUAACAGGUCAAAAUUCAGGAACCACGUCGUCCACUGGACCUCAGUCACAAGAAGCUGCUGUGAUGAACCUGAACUUUCCUGAAUCUCCUCAGCGCAGCAGAAAACCCCUCAGAGACUCUGUGAUGUCUCCGGGUGAGAACAAAAGCCCAAAGACCAAACGACAGCCUUCCCUGCGUCCACUUUCACAAGAUGAAGGUCUGAGGAUAGAAGACUUCAACUGUCUGUCAGUCUUGGGCAGAGGUCACUUUGGAAAGGUGCUGUUGGCAGAGUAUAAGAAGUCUGGAAAACUGUUUGCCAUCAAAGCUCUGAAGAAAGGAGACAUUGUAACGCGUGAUGAAGUUGACAGCCUCCUGUGUGAAAAGCGAAUUUUUGAAGUCAUCAAUGCGACACGUCAUCCUUUCCUGGUGAACCUUCACGGAUGUUUCCAGACUCCGGACCAUGUGUGUUUUGUGAUGGCGUACUCCCCCGGGGGCGACCUCAUGACCCACAUCCACACCAGCAUCUUCAACGAGAAGCAGACUGUGUUUUAUUCUUCCUGCGUGCUGCUGGGCCUGGAGUUUCUGCACCAGAACCACAUCGUCUACAGAGACCUGAAGUUAGACAAUCUGCUGAUGGAUGCGGACGGUUUUGUCAGGAUCGCAGACUUUGGUUUGUGUAAAGAAGGUAUGGGCCACGGAGAUCGCACCUCAACAUUCUGUGGCACACCUGAGUUCUUGGCUCCGGAGGUGCUGACGGACAACAACUACACCCGUAGUGUGGACUGGUGGGGUCUGGGAGUCCUCAUCUAUGAGAUGCUGGUGGGGGAGUCUCCGUUCCCGGGUGACGAUGAAGAAGAGGUGUUCGACAGCAUCGUCAACGACGAAGCACGCUACCCUCGCUUCCUGUCUCCUCAGUCCGUGUCGCUCCUUCAGAAGCUGCUGCAGAAAGAUCCAGGGAAAAGGCUUGGAUCUGGAGUCGAUGAUGCUGCUGAAAUCAAAAGACACAAGUUCUUCCAGGGAAUGGACUGGAACGCUCUCCUGGCCAAGAAAAUUAAGCCGCCGUUCCUGCCCGUCAUCAAGGCAGCGCGGGACGUCAGCAACUUCGACGAGGAGUUCACCCGCCUCAAACCGGUUCUGACAUUGCCACGGACACCGUGCGUCCUCACGGCCGAGCAGCAGGAGAUCUUCUCUGACUUUGACUUCUCCUUCAUCUGAUGAGUGGUGGUGCAGACGCAUCACUGACCGACCUCCUGCUGUUUCUUUGGCAGAAACUGUUCUAGUACAUCACCGUCACGUCUAUCAAGGACGUCAACUCUGGAGACUCUCCACCCCAGACUGGACAUGACACCGUGGUUCAUGACCUCUCUGUGGGCUUCCACUGGACCACUGUCUGACAUUGUGGCAUGGUGAUGAUCUCAGUCCAACAGUCCUACUGUAAAUUAC